AUGUCCGGCGGUCGAGCAGCUGGAAACCGGGUUCGGGCAGCUGGAACCCGGGCUCCGCCGCCGCCGAGUCAGAUCUUCCACCCGUUGAAACAUAGCUUACCGUUCUCUUCAUCGAGGCCUCCGUUCGUUUCACCCGAUGAGUACCACCGAUUCUCGCCGGCGCGAAAUCACCGGGAAGGUGCUGGUGAGGCCGCGGAGGCCAUUGUCAUUAAGACUCCAUUAAAGAGAAAGACUAUUCAUGAUGAUAAUGAUGUUGCCGAAUCUAGCGAGUGGAUUAAUAGCCCGGGACAAGCUGAAGUAUGUAGCAAUUCCCUUCUGACACCAGUCUCCGGGAAAGGAGGUAGGAACUAUGGUAGAUCCAAAGUUGCUAAGUACUAUAAAUCUGGACCUCAGACUCCCAUGUCAAAUACUGGUUCUCCUAGCAAUCUCGUAACUCCUGUUGCUACCUGCCGCUAUGACAGUUCUUUAGGCCUGCUGACAAAGAAAUUUAUCAAUUUGCUGAAGACUGCACAGGAUGGUAUUCUUGAUCUUAACAAAGCUGCUGAAACUUUAGAGGUGCAAAAGAGGCGCAUAUAUGACAUAACAAAUGUUUUAGAAGGGAUUGGUCUUAUCGAGAAGAAACUUAAAAACAGAAUUCGUUGGAAGGGACUUGAUGACUUGAGGUCGGGUGAUUUUGAGGACGGUGUUUCAGUUUUACAAUCUGAAGUCGAGAAACUUGCUUUGCAAGAAAGCAACUUAGAUAUUCAUAUUAGUGAAAUGCAACAGCAAAUAAGGGAACUAAGUGAAAAUGAAAAUAGUUCAAAGUGGCUUUAUGUGACUGAAGAUGACAUCAAGGGCCUGCCUUGUUUUCACAAUGAAACACUUAUUGCAAUAAAAGCACCUCAUGGAACUACCCUUGAGGUUCCGGACCCUGAUGAGGCUGGUGAGUAUCCCCAGAGAAGAUAUAGAAUUGUCCUGAGAAGCACCAUGGGCGCAAUAGAUGUUUACUUGGUCAGCCAAUUUGAGGAGAAAUUCGAGGAGAUGAAUGCUGUUAAUACAAUACCUCAGCUUCCAGCUGCAUCAAAUGCAAACUAUCUGGAGAAUUCUACAUUGCAAAUAGUCCCAGAGCAUACCAAACACCAUGAAAUGGAGCUUCAACUUCAUGACUCAAAUAGCAUGAAUACUGAUUUAAAUGCGCAACAGGAUUUUAUGGGUGGCAGUGGGAUGAUGAAGAUUGUUCCAUCUGAUGUGGAUACGGAUGCCGACUAUUGGCUUCUAUCAGAGACUGGUGUCAGCAUAACAGAUAUGUGGAGCACACCAUCUGAGCAAUGGGAUGGAAAUCCUGAUGAUUUCAUAAACGCUAGCAUCAGCACGCCACGGCCAGAAACCCCUGCAGGCGUUACUGAACCACCUAACUCUAACAAUGAUCAAAGAUGAGUUUGGCUCUAAUUUUUUUCUUUUUUGAACUUUAGCUCGCCUAAUUGAAUAGCAGCAAAUAUAUGAUACAACCAACCCUGCAAAACAAAGAGAAAAUUGCACGCAAAAUUCAUUAAAACUAUCGAACCUCUCGCUGUGGAUAUCAGAACCAAAUUCCAGAAUCUUCCAGAAAGGUAUAAUUCAAUGCUAGCGUUUCAAUAAUUUGCAUAUUACAUUACUUAGACAAAUUUUAUAUUUUUUUUUCCUAUUUUGUUAGUGGGAGGAGAUUUUGAUAUUAUAACUAGCGUGGGGGUGGUGGUCAUAUGUAAAUUAAAAAUUAGUAUGUUGAGGGCAAAAUUUGGUUAGAUUAUAAAUAUAUUGUUUCUUUAUAUCUAAUGCAAUAUUGUUAUAUGUAGAACUCAACCAGCAAUGUAUACUAUUCUUAUUAUUAUUUUUUUAU